AUGCAUUUCAACAACACGAUCCUUAUGCUUGUCUCUGUCUUGGCCCUUGGCGUCAUUGCCUCUCCCGUUCCGGAGCAGAACGCAGCCAGAGGUUGGGUUGAGCACUACCGCGAGACCGGGAAAAGCGGCGGCACUCUUAUCUACUAUGGUCCUCAAGACGGCGCUCAGACGGACGAAUCUGAGGCAAACGGCCUCGAACAACGCAGCUGCGGGUUCACCAGCAAAGCGCCCGUGUGCGAUUCUUCAAAUGGGGCACGUAACGCCAACUGCAACGCUCUCGUGUCUGAUCUUUGGGACAACUCGGAUGUUGCUAUCCCUGAGAGACCACGCCAGAUCUGCUACCAAGGUGACUCCGGGAAAAACACGUUCUGCUGCGUCUCGUGGCACAAUCCGAUCCCUGGCCUCAAGAAAGGCGACCUAGCUCCCUAUGCCAGUGCGAUAUUGAGCCAAUGCACUCAGAAUGGGAUUUCAGGCAAGACUAGUACGGUGUUGGUUCACAAUAAGUGUACCAACGUUUGCGUGUCAAACCGUGGAACCCAUUGUUAA